GCUGGUUGGUGUUGAAAAGUUGUGUUUUAUAGUAAAAUACACAGCAUGAUCUCAUGGAAAACUCUACGUUCUGUUCUCUGGUCUCAUUUUACGCAUUUAAUGUUGAGAGAAAAAACAGGAAGAACACAUUCACCCUUCUUGUUCAUCGAAAAGAAACCAGGAGACACAGUUGUCCUUCUUCCAGGCCCUGUGACUCCUCCCAUCACCAGUAUAACAUGGGAUUAUGAUUCAUACCUGACUGUGGACUGGUACGGAGAAGUGUUUGACUACUGGGAUUUCAUAGAUGACGUCCCUUCACCAACUGUCUCCAUGAGCUGUGACGAUGAACAGACCCACUGUGUUUUCACCUGUGAAGGCAACACUACAGACUCUGGACCAGUCACCUAUUCCUGGAAGUCAGGUGAUGUGGUGAAGAGUCAAACCAAGGAGUUUACAAUAACAAAGAAGGAUACGGAGGCUUCAUUUGUCUGUACGGUGGAAAAUCUCUUUGGCUCUGAAAGCAGCAAAGCAGUCGACAACCCUUUCGCCACCAACUACAGUCUGUUCUGGAUACGCGCAAUACUGGUGGUUUUGUUUCUGGUGGUGGGAGUUGGUUUUAUCGUCUUUUACACACACAAAGGAAACAAAGCAGCAGCAUCAUCAUUGGCUGAUUCUUCUGAGUACGUCUCACUUCAAGAUGUCAGAUGGAGCUGAGAAGUUAACAAGUGUUGACCUUGAAGAAUCUCAGCAUGAGAUGAUCUGAGAGACCACAGAGACCAGAUCUGGAUUCAACAAACCUCAACUCUACACAACAGAUAAAAUACACCUCUCUGUACAUUCAUUCAUUCAUUCAUUCAUUCAUUCUCUGUAGCCUCUGGAGGGUCACAGGUCUGUACAUGGUUGGAACGAUGGUUGUUGCUCUUGUUGUGUGUAUUUUCUGUGCAUGUAGAUAUGUGAAGACAGUUAUUGGCUUUUAACACUCAACAAAAAGUCUGAAUCAGAACGAUGAUUAAAAACAAUUAAUAUUUGUGAGCAAUAUAAUAUUUUCCUGUAAACACCCCUCAGGUAUCAAACACGUUAUUUCAUUUUAUUUUAUUCAUUUAUUUUUUCUCCUUGUUUUAUAUUUGUGUUUUUAUUGUGUUUUUUUUAAUCUGUAUUCGAUACGUUUGAUAAAUAAAGUUUUUGA